CACCGAAAAAGUCGAUUGUCGAGCACUAGUGUUGUUGACAGUACCAAAAAGACAACCGCAUAAAACCACCGUCAUGUCGGACUAUAUAUUAGUAUCGGUACUGACAACAUUACCAACUAUCGGUCGUUCCUUCAGCAUUCACUAGGAUGUAUAGUAUGUCCACCAACAAACACACAACCCCUACGUCGGCGCUAUAUAACGUCAUAGCAUCUUCGUCAGGUUUGUCAUCGCGGAGGAUGUCUUCGGGCUCUGAUGCAUGCUUCUACUUUUCGCUGUUCGUAGUCUUCGCCUUCUUCGUGGUAUGCAGUGCUAUGUCGUCCUCGUCAGAUUCAUCGUCACCGAACUCAGACACCGGGUCCGCUGCACUCUUCCGCUUCUCGCCGCUCACGCCAUGAUUUUCAGACCUAGAGUCGCAGAUGCAGUCAGAUCCAUCAGGAUUCCCCCUGUUCCAUGUUGACCUUUGCGUCCGCCGCGGCAGCAGCAUCGCUCUGAUUUAU